UGGCGCUUCUCCGGGUCUCCGCAUUUAUGGCUACUCAAGCCCACCAAAAUUCCAACCAAAACCCGAAAAGAGUCCCACUCUUUCCCUUACUCGCUCUUCUCAUCUUCGCUUCCAUUUUUUUCCUUCUUUCCAUCUCCAAAAAAACCUCCUCUUCUUUUCAUUCUUCUUCGCUUUCGUACUCCCAAAUUUUCAAACCCAAUGACAGAUCCGACCCUAUUCUCUCCCAUCAUCAGCGGCCCUGUAACUACUCCGACGGCAAGUGGAUCUACGACCCCAACUUCAGAUUCAACGGCAGAUACGACAGCACCUGUAAGGAGAUUUUCAAAGGGUGGAAUUGUCUCCUAAACAAUAAAUCUAAUGCCGGAGAUAUCCCCAAGUGGCGAUGGAAACCUAACGCUUGUCAUCUUCACCCCUUUGAUCCUCUAAAGUUUCUCCACAAUUACAGAGAUACUAACAUUGGAUUUGUCGGCGAUUCCUUGAACAGGAAUAUGUUUGUGUCUCUUUUUUGCACUCUGAAACGUGUGUCGAGGGGAGUUAAGAAGUGGCGUCCAGUUGGGGCUGAUCGUGGCUUUACAUUUCUUCAGUAUAACCUCACUAUUGCGUAUCAUCGAACUAAUCUUUUGGCACGUUAUGGUAGGUGGUCAGCUAGUGCUAAUGGUGGCGCAUUGGAAGCACUUGGAUAUAAGGGUGGCUAUAGGGUCGAUGUUGAUGUUCCAGAAGGCACGUGGACAAAGGCUUCAAGCUUUCAUGAUAUUUUAAUCUUCAACACAGGACACUGGUGGUGGGCACCAUCAAAAUUUGAUCCUGUGAAGUCACCCAUGCUUUUCUUUGAGAAGGAUCAACCUAUAAUUCCUCCCAUAUCUCCUGAUGUUGGUUUGGACAGAGUUAUAAAGCACAUGAUAUAUUUUGUGGAGAAAACUGCUCGUCCAGGUGCAAUCAAAUUUUUUCGUACACAGUCGCCAAGACAUUUUGAAGGAGGUGACUGGGAUCAAGGUGGUUCUUGUCAACGGCUACAACCUUUGUUAUCAGAGCAAGUUGAAGAACUUUUCUCACUGAAAAAUAAUGGAACAAAUGUUGAAACACGUCUGGUGAAUCAGCACCUGUAUGAGGCCAUCAGAGGGUCUCAUUUCCAUAUUUUGGACAUUACCCACAUGAGCGAGCUCAGAGCUGACGCCCAUCCCUCCACUGCUGGUGGAAAGAAGCACGAUGACUGCAUGCAUUGGUGCUUACCAGGAAUUACUGAUACUUGGAAUGAUUUGUUUGUAACACUUCUCAACAUCAUUAAAUAUAAUAACUGAUGCACAAACUAUCAAAAUUUUGAUAACGUUAUUCUUUGGUUACUAUAA